AUGAAUUCAAACGAUACAAAAAAAGAUGAUGUUUCCAAAUGUAAAUUAGCCCGAUUUGGAAAUAAAAAAGUGGUUAAAUUUUCGGAAGAAUAUCGUCAUCAACGAAUAAAAAAUAAUGAAUCAGUUAAGAAUAGUCGAUUAAAAGCAAAACAAAAACAAAAACAAACAGAAGGUAAAAUGUCGAAAUUGGCUGAAGAAAAUCGUGCAUUAAAUGAACGUGUUGAUUCAUUAAUGAAAGAAUUACAGGUAUUACAAUCACUUUAUAAAGAAUUGGGACAAGAUAUGCCACCUGAUGCUGUUAAAGCACUUCAGCAAAUUAAUAUACAUUAA